AGCACCCACACAAUUAACAAGACAAACAAACAUGUUUUAUGUAAUAUAUGUUUGGCACAAAGACAUGUUUGGGGUUGCUCUAUCAUCUUUACAUAACUGCAGUCUUAGGUUCCUUCCUUGGAUAGGUCUACCUGACUAGUGGAGUGAGGCAAUGAACCUUACCAUGAGAGCUUUUGAAGCAGUUUGAAGGAACUAUACUGUACAGUUGUUGAACCAACACUUGGGAGAUUCCCUGGUGCAAAUAAGAGACUGGUCUACGAAGAAGUUAAGAAAGCAGUUGAGAGAGAUCGGUCAAUGGUGAAAGUCUCUGAAUUGUCUAGGCAUGGAAUUAUGGAAAUAACAAGGAAGAGGGUUCGACCAAGUGUGACAUUUAUGAUUAGUGAACCAUGCACUUGCUGUCAUGGUACUGGAAGAGUUGAAGCUUUAGAGACCUCAUUCUCAAAAAUUGAACAAGAAAUUUGCAGAUUGCUUGCAACAACGCAACAUAAAGCAGACCCUGAAAACCCAAAGUCCUGGCCAAGAUUUAUUCUGAGGAUUGAUCAUCACAUGUGUAACUAUUUAACUUCUGGGAAGAGGACAAAACUUGCAGUCUUAAGUAGUUCCCUCAAAGUUUGGCUCCUUCUGAAGGUGGCUAGAGGUUUCAGCAGGGGAGCGUUUGAAGUGAAACCAUUUACAGAUGACAAGUCAAGUGAAAGUCAGCAUCAAGUGGCCAUUUCAUUGUUACGACCAGCAGAGGCCAGUACCAAAAAAAACAGCAAAAAAGUGACUCUUGUUCCAAUCAAAAAGUUGAAAGCUGGCAGAAAAUGAUAUGAAAGAAAACAGAUUUACUUUUGUUCCCUGUAAAGUAGAAAUUGUAUUCAUUUAUCUAUAGUGGGGAAAGGAGGGUGCAGGAAGAAGCAAAUGCAUCAGUUUCAUCAUAAAGUAACGGGUUUCAUUGAUCAAGCACAAAGGAGAAAGUACUUAAUCCAUGAGAAGCCAAGAAGGCACGUGAUCGAGAGUGCAAAAAUGUGCAGACAAAGAGAAAGCCACUUUGAUCAGACUGAGAUAGUAGGUGAGGAACAGCCACUAUCAAACUUCACCUUGAUGCCUUUGUAUGCAGAAAGUUGAAAUGUUUGGUACACUACGGCUAGGCCAUGCAAUUUUGUUGUUGGGAAGAAUGUUGAUGGAAAUCGUUUGAAAAGCUAGUGUAGAGUCACACUUAUUGUUUGUCGGCAGUUACAAACAAUAAUUGGCUUGUUCAAUUUCUAUUUAAAGGAUCAACAUCUCAAGCUCCUAUAAGUUCAUAGUAUUCUAUUUGUAGGACCUAGUCGCCGUCAUGCUUUGUCCUCAGGGUCAAAGCUUUUAUAAAUAGAGCAAUGUUAUGUUUACAAUUGAGUUCUACAAACAAACAAAAAACAAAAGAUAGAAGUCAUUUUAAUCAUUUAGCAAUUUAGCAAAUGGACUUAUAAAUCCGGAUCAUCCAAAUUGGAUGUUGGAACUC